GUGAGUAACAACCCAGCCGCCUGCCACACCGCUGACCAUAGCCCCGCCGCCCUCUCCCGCCGUCCCAACCCAUCUCUCUCAACCCAUCUCGCUCCACAUCCCGGCGUACAUCCAUCAAACAGAAAAUGUCCUCCGUGCAGACAUUCGGCAAAAAGAAGACUGCCACGGCUGUGGCUCACGUCACUCCUGGCCGAGGCCUCAUCCGACUUAACGGUUCUCCCAUCUCCCUCGUCGAGCCCGUCGUUCUCCGAUACAAGGUCUACGAGCCCGUCCUCGUUGUCGGCCCCGAGAGGCUCGCCAACCUCGACAUCCGUCUCCGUGUCAAGGGUGGUGGUCACGUCUCCCAGCUUUACGCUCUCCGACAGGCCAUUGCCAAGGGUAUCGUCGCUUUCUACGCCAAGAACGAGGACGCUGCCUCUGCUAUCGAGUUGAAGAAGACCCUCGUCGCUUACGACCGAUCUCUCCUUGUCGCCGACCCCAGGCGGAUGGAGCCCAAGAAGUUCGGAGGUCGUGGUGCCCGUGCCAGGAGGCAGAAAUCUUACCGUUAAUCUACUCGCCGACGUAUGGGUUGCAAUCUUGUGGUCAUGGGUGUCCUGUUUGGAAGGAGGCUUUUGGCUGUAGGAUGCUACGUUGGUGGAUGGGUUGGAGGGAGAUGUAUAUCAUGACAAAAUCACGGUGGUGUGGCCUGGGCACAGUCGUUUCUAUUACAGGUGUCUUUUUGUUUGCAUAUCUCGCCAGCUGAGGAUUCAUUGACUCGCGUAUUCUCGUCAGAUGUCGAUCUGUCCAGUCCAAA